AUGAACGAGGAGGAGACGUACUAUCCCCACAAGUAUGGUCCGGAGGGGGGCUGUGCCGACCACUCAGUGUUUGAGAAGAUGACAAAGUACCAAGCCACUGCCAUAGAGAAGCCAGACAAGGAGCUCCAUUCCGAGGAGGCGUCCAGUGACCCGGUGUUGCUGAGGAAGAGGAGGAUGGCUCAGAUAGAAAAGAACACCUGUCAGCUCUUCAUCCAGACAGACCACCUCUUCUUCAAGUACUACAAGACCAGGGAAGCUGUUAUCGCACAGAUCUCUAGUCACGUCAAGGCUAUAGAUGCCAUCUACCAGGGAACAGACUUCAUGGGCAUCCGUAACAUCAGCUUUAUGGUCAAGAGGAUACGGAUAAACACCACUACAGAUGAGCGGGACCGGUCCAACCCAUUCCGCUUCGCUAACAUCGGCGUGGAGAAGUUCCUGGAGCUGAACUCUGAGCAGAACCAUGACGACUACUGUCUGGCCUAUGUCUUCACUGACAGGGACUUUGAUGAUGGUGUCCUGGGCCUGGCCUGGGUCGGAGCUCCUGCAGGGAGUUCUGGAGGGAUCUGUGAGAAAAGUAAGCUGUACUCUGACGGGAAGAAGAAGUCCCUGAAUACCGGCAUCAUCACAGUGCAGAACUACGCCUCUCACGUCCCUCCUAAAGUCUCACACAUCACCUUCGCACAUGAAAUAGGACACAACUUUGGCUCGCCUCAUGACUCGGGGUCAGAGUGCACCCCGGGGGAGUCUAAGACCCAGGAUAAGAAGGAGAAAGGGAACUACAUCAUGUACGCCCGGGCCACAUCAGGAGACAAACUCAACAACAACAAGUUCUCCGUCUGUAGUGUCAGGAACAUCAGCCAGGUCCUGGAGAAGAAGAGGGGAAGCUGCUUUGUCGAGUCAGGCCAGCCCAUCUGUGGUAAUGGGUUAGUGGAACCAGGGGAGGAGUGUGACUGUGGAUACAGCGAUCAGUGCAGAGACCAGUGUUGCUAUGACGCCGGGCAGCCUGACAACAGGAAGUGUAAACUAAAACCCAACAAAGUCUGCAGUCCUAGCCAGGGCCUGUGCUGUACUCCUGAGUGCUUCUAUAAGGGUCGUAAUGAGAAGUGUCGUGAAGAGUCUGAGUGUGCCCAUCAGGGCAUGUGUAACGGGGGUACGGCUCAGUGCCCCACCUCAGAACCCAAGGCCAACUUCACCGCCUGCCACGGAGAGACUCAAGUCUGCCUCAACGGGGGCUGCUCUGGCUCCAUCUGUGAGAAGUAUGGUCUGGAGGUCUGUACCUGUGCCAGCGUGGAGGGCAAGGACGAGACUGACGAGCUGUGCCACGUCUGCUGUAGCGAGAAGAUGAACCCCAACACCUGCAGCAGUACAGGCUCAGAGAAACUGGCCCGGUUCUUCAAUAAGAAAAUCACCACGCUGCCCGCGGGGUCUCCCUGCAACGACUUCAAGGGCUACUGUGACGUGUUCAUGAAGUGUCGGCUGGUGGACGCGGACGGCCCUCUGGCCAGACUGAAGAAGGCCAUCUUCAACCCUGAGCUCUAUGAAAACAUUGCAGAGUGGAUAGUGGCUCACUGGUGGGCAGUGCUGUUGAUGGGCAUCGCUCUGAUCAUGCUGAUGGCUGGCUUCAUUAAGAUCUGUAGUGUCCACACUCCCUCCAGCAACCCCAAACUGCCCCCACCCAAACCACUACCAGGCACGUUGAAGAGGAGGAGAGCCCAGCAGCACGCCAGGGAGGCCCAGGUGCACCAGUCCCAGUCCCACCACGGAGAUGUCAGUCACGGCCAGCACCACCCUGUCUCUGGGGGCCAGCGGCAGCAGCCCUCCCGCCAGCCCCAGCCCCAGAGGCACCACCGCAGCCAGGGCCAGCCCAGAGAAAACUACCAGAUGGGCCAGAUGAGACGCUGAGCUGCUGAGACACUGGGGUUCGGGGUGGGAACGCUGCUCCCGUCAUCGACUGCUCCUUGCCUUGCCUUGGCUCCUCCUUGUGCCUAUCUAUGUCACUGCUGGGAUUGAGAUUUGAACCCAUUUGUUGGUAUUUGAACCCA